AUGUCUGCCCAGAACUCGGCCGGCAUCCAGGAGCUUCUCAGAGCUGAGCAAGAUGCUUCCAAGAUUGUUCAAAAGGCCCGAGAAUACCGCACCAAGCGCGUCAGGGAAGCUCGCGAUGAAGCCAAGCAAGAGAUAGCCAACUACAAGGCCCAGAAGGACGAUGAAUUUAAGAAGUUCGAGGCCGAGCACAGCAAGGGCAACGAACAGGCCGAGGCUGAAGCUAACAAGGAAGCCGAUACCCAAAUCAAGGGUAUCCAGGAGGCUGGAAAGAAGGGCCAGGCUCAGGUUAUUAAGAACCUCCUCAGCGCUGUUUUCGACGUCAACCCUGUCGCCCCUACCAAGUCGUCCUGA